AUGGCGAGUCGCGAUUCGAAGAUUGGAUGUAAAAUCAAGAAAGUUAUAGGAGCCGGCUGCUCACGACCGGGGGAGAGAAAGAGACUAAAACCAGAGGCUGUUCCUUCUGUCUUUUCCUUUGCAUGUAAGAAUGAGUCAUCCAGCGCAAGAGAACAAAGAUACAGUAAAAGAGUCAAGUGUGAUAGAAAUCAUAGUGAAAAUGUGUCUAGUAGUGAAUGUAUUAGAGAUCAUAGUGAAAAUGGGUCUAGUAGUGAAUGUGUUGUAAAUGAAGUGGUGGUGGAGUCUGUACAAGAAGUUAAUGCUGAUUGUGAAUGUUAUGAAAGUGAUGAAAAGAAGCUGCAUGAUCAGUCAGUCCAAUGUGAUAUUGGAAAAAGCAACAGGUUUUCCAUUGAAAAAUUGCAAAGUAAUGAUAAAAUGGUGAAAUAUUACACUGGUUUUGAAAAUUAUGACCAUUUCAUGAUGUUUUUUCAAGUACUUGGUCCUGCAGCACAUGAUUUGAAUCUAAAAAGCAACUUACUUUCCCCUGAAGACCAGUUCUUUUUAGUUAUGAUAAAACUGAGACAAGCUAAAGAAGACAUUGAGUUGAGUUAUUUGUUUCAAGUCAGUGAAAGUACUGUUUCAAAUAUUAUUGUUACAUGGAUCAAUUUUAUGUACUUCCAACUUAAAGAGAUUAACAUUUGGCCCUCGAGAUCUGUAAUUGAUGAAUAUAUGCCUGAUGACUUCUUUGCAAAUUUCUGCAAAACUAGAGUGAUAAUUGAUGCCACUGAGGUACCAAUAAAUAAGCCCCAGAAUGUAAAUGCCCAGAGUGCUACAUUUUCGAAUUACAAGAAUAAAAAUACACUAAAGGUGAUGAUUGGUUGUACACCACGUGGAACUGUCAGUUAUAUUUCCGAUGCAUACUGUGGUGGUACAAGUGACAGACAAAUUAUUGAACGUUCUGACUUACUUAGAGACCAGGACAAAUUCCAAGACCAUGACAGUAUAAUGGCUGACAGGGGUAUCAUGGUCCAGGAUUUGUUUGCCCCUCGUAACAUUCAGGUCAACACUCCAACAAUGUUGAAAGGAAAAAGCCAACUUGAGGCACAAGAUGUUGUUAAAGACCGAAGAAUCGCAUCAAAGCGAAUUCAUGUUGAAAGAAUCAUUGGACUGGCCAAGACUUUCAAAAUUCUCAAGAAAGAGCUACCACAGGGCAAAGCCAUUUUAGGCUCUAGAAUCAUUUUUAUUUGUUUUUCAAUAUUGAAUUUUAGACCUUGCAUCGUUGACAAAUAUUCAUAA